UUGAGAAUCGAAUCCACGACUGGAUCUUCUCGACACUGCUCAUCUCUGUCUGCUCGCAGAAGCAGCUCAUUUCUGCGGCAACAAGGGCAACGUUGCGGCUGGCUGUGUCCUUUGAUCAAGUAGACCAUGGCAUCAGUGUAUGAGGAAGACAACGAUGACGGCGAUGUGGAGGCUCAGCGUCUGGUACCUAUUGCUAUUGCUCCAUUGAAUUUGGCGAGCAACCACGUAGCGGAACCUAAUGGUACUGGUGUUAGAUCACUACUUUGCUCGCGACAAACUUAUUUCCGUUUGAUCUUUCUGCUUCCUUUUCUUCUCUGGCCGACCCAGUCUACUUUGUUCAUUGGAGUCUGUGCUCUCCUCGCCGUGUCUUUUGUCACACUCCAACUGAUCCACAAUUAUUUUCGAUACCACCGUGCCGCACAGAGAAAUUCGGAAACACGUGUCAAGUCCAUCGCCUUUCACAGUGAAAAGCCCUGGAUUCUCCUAUCCUUCUAUUCCGGGCACGUCGAUUUGUGGAAACGAGACGAAAAUGUCACGAAACGGUUCCUGAUCAGUGACUCUCCCGUCCGAGAUUGCAAAUGGAUGAAUAAUAACUCCACCAACAAAGAUGAUGAUGACGACUGGAUUGUCACUGCAUCGGACGAUGGCUGGAUUCGUGUGGUCACGCCCACGGGUCAAAAGAUUAUGGACUUUCCAAAUGCGCAUGACGACUACAUUCGGUACUUGGCUGUGCAUCCCACACAACCCUUGAUUCUGUCGGCUGCAGAUGAUCUGACCGUCAAACUGUGGGAUAUGGAGUACAAUGGCACCUGCAGCAAAACAUUCCAAGGGCACAAUCAUUACGUCAUGAUGGUAAAAUUUCACCCAGAGGAUCCCAACAUAUUUGCCACUGCUUCCCUGGAUCGAUUCAUCAAGUUUUGGGACAUUCGACAAGAGUCCAGCGCCUUGUUUGAACUCGAAGGUCAUGACGCGGGAGUCAACACCAUUGACUUUUGCAACGACAACCCCACUAUUAUGGCAUCUGGGGCCGACGACUAUCGGGUCCAUAUCUGGCAUCAUCCUACACGACAAUUAUUGCACAAGCUAGAAGGACAUUCCGAUAAUGUCUCGGCUGUUCUAUUUCAUCCUUCACUGCCCAUUCUCGUGUCCACAUCCGAGGAUGGCACUGUGAGGUGUUGGUCUGUGAUGGAUCCCCAAGACGAGUACAAGGCAUUGCCACCACUCUGGAAGGACAACAGCAAGGGGUUUGGAUGGACUUUGGCUGGAAAAGGCAAUCAACUGGCAGUAGGUUUUGACCAAGGAAGCAUCCUAUUGGAAUUGGAAGAAGAUCCAACAGAGGAGGGCCUGAUUGUCAAAAUGACCAACGAAUACAACGGAUCGAACAUGAUCCUUGAGCAAGAACGAGUUCCUACAGAAACGUUUUCGCAUCCUUCAGCCUAAUCAGCAAUAACUCUUACUGUAUGUUAGUGUUCUCUUUUGAGACUGUUGUUCCUCGCAAGAGUUUUGAAAGGCCGUAUCUCAAUAAGGGAAUUUGGGGGCAAUCAGACCCGAGGUCGUGGUGUUGCUCCGUGGUUGGGGACAAGGGGGUAGACUCGUUGAGGUCGGCAUCGAGAAGGUCUAAAAUAUCUUUUUCUUGCUAUUUUUUCCAAUAUUUUUGCUGCGCAUCACAUCGCCAUCACACCA